UCUGUCUCUCUCUCUCUCUCUCUCUCUCUCUCUCUCUCUGUGUGUGUGUUUGUGAGGCGUGUCAGGAAGUCAAACUUCACUGUUCACUCUCUCUCUGACUGAUCGCUAGACAGCAGCUAACGCGAUGCCUGGCAAGAAAGUGUGUAUUAUCGGCUCAGGAAACUGGGGAUCUGCCAUCGCUAAGAUCGUCGGGCACAAUGUGAAAUCGUCGAACCGCUUCGAUCCAAUGGUGAAGAUGUGGGUCUAUGAGGAGAUGAUUGAUGGACGCAAACUCACCGAGAUCAUCAACACCGAACACGAGAACGUCAAAUAUCUGCCUGGACACAAACUGCCCAAAAAUGUGGUGGCGGUUCCUGACGUUACAGAGGCCACGAAUGGAGCAGAAUUCCUGAUCUUCGUCAUUCCUCAUCAGUUUAUCGGGAAAAUCUGUGACCAGAUGAAACCUAACGUCAAAUCUGGUGCCAUCGGGAUCUCCCUCAUUAAAGGUAUCGAUGAGGGUCCGGAUGGACUGUCCCUGAUCUCUGACAUCAUCAGGUCCAAGCUGGAGAUCGAGGUCAGUGUGCUGAUGGGCGCCAACAUCGCCAGCGAGGUGGCCGAGGAGAAGUUCUGCGAGACCACCAUCGGAGCCACUAAUGAAUCCAAUGGCAAGAUCUUCAAAGAGCUUCUGCAGACGCCGAACUUCCGCAUCACUGUGGUGAAGGAGAGCGACACGGUGGAGCUGUGCGGAGCGCUGAAGAACAUCGUGGCGGUGGGCGCAGGUUUCUGUGACGGUCUGGGUUUCGGUGAUAACACUAAAGCUGCAGUGAUCCGGCUGGGGCUGAUGGAGAUGGUGGCCUUCUCCAAACUCUUCUGUAAGAGCGCCGUCCUCUCGGCCACCUUCCUGGAGAGCUGCGGCGUGGCUGACCUCAUCACCACCUGCUACGGAGGACGCAACCGCCGCGUGGCCGAGGCCUUCGCCCGCUCGCAGAAGUCAAUAGCGGAGCUGGAAGCUGAGAUGUUGAACGGUCAGAAGCUCCAGGGUCCUCAGACGUCUGCAGAGGUUUACAAGAUCCUCAGGAAGAAGAACAUGGUGGACAAGUUUCCUCUGUUCGUCUCGGUCUAUCAGAUCUGUUUUGAGGGCCGGCAGGUGAAGGAGUUCAUCAGCUGCCUCCAGAACCAUCCAGAACACAUGUGAGCGAUCUGAUCUGACCCGAUCCACACACUACUGAGCUUCAAUCCACACCCCACGGCCAACAAAACAUGAGUUAUGAGUCCAGUGUGAUGAGCAGUAUUGUGUAAUUUCUGACUCAGGACUGUAACACUGGUAAACGCACAUGUGCUGCAUUUUAUAUCUGCAGUUUUGACUACAAUCCUCUUCUAGAGAAGUAUUAAAUGUAAGACUUUAUAACACAAACAAUAAAAGCCAUGCUGCUUAUUUGAAUCAUU